AAUGUAUACGUGGUGGCUAUUGGCAAGAAAGGAGAAUCUGGUUGCUAGGGUAUGGUUCAUCUAUGGUCAAAGUUGAUCUUAUAAUCCACACUCAAAACCAUUUGCUAGCUUUAUAAAAUCCAUAGUUACUGUACUUUUUUCAAACCUUCCAUGCUCUCAUCCAUACACACACAACAUGGAACUUCACAUCUUCCUUUUCUGCCUUCCCCUCUUCUUCCUCCUCCUCCUCAAACCCUUCCUCCGCCGUGCGACCAACCUCCCCCCUGGUCCUUCCUCCCUUCCCCUAAUUGGCUCCCUCCGUCACCUCAGCCCCCGCCUCCACGAGUCUCUCUACAACCUCGCAAAACUCCAUGGCCCUAUAAUAACACUCUACCUAGGCUCCAUCACCACCAUAGUUGUCUCCUCCCCUGAAACCGCCAAACAAGUCCUCCAAAUCCAUGACCAGGACUUCUCCGAGCGCUACAUCCCUGACGUCAUUACUGCCCAACCUAACCCUGAGUCUACCCUUGCAUGGGUACCUGGCAACCAACGAUGGCGCAACCGUAGACGUAUAUGCAUCACCCAGAUGUUCACUAAGCAACGUCUUGACUCCCAGCAACACCUACGCCACCUAAAAGUCCAACAACUCAUUGAACAAAUCAAAAAACUGUAUGUUUUGGGCAAACAAGUUGAUAUUGGCCAGGUUGCUUUUGCAACUACAUUGAACUUGAUAUCGAACGCUAUAUUCUCAGUUGAUAUAAUAGACACAGAUUUUGAAAAGGCUCAGGAGUUUAAAGACCUUGUGUGGAGGAUCAUGGAGGAUGCUGGGAAACAGAAUUUAUCUGAUAUUUUUCCGGUGUUGAAGUUGUUUGAUUUGCAGGGAUUGAGGAGGCAUGUAAGGCCUGCUUACAUGAGGUUGCAUGAGAUAUUUGAUGAGAUGAUUGAGAAGCGUUUGGAGAGCAGGAAAAUUGGGAGUGAAAGAAGUGGAGAUUUCUUGGAUGUUCUUCUUGAUCAGUGCGACGAACCAGGGUCUGACUUUGAUAGACAUAAUAUCAAGCCUUUGAUUCUUGACUUGUUCAUUGCUGGAAGUGAUACAUCUGCAAUAACAACAGAAUGGGCAAUGGCAGAACUUCUUCGAAACCGUGAAGUACUCCAGAAACUGAGGAGAGAACUCAUCGAAGUUAUCGGCACGGACCGUGCAAUGCAAGAUUCAGACAUUGAUCAACUACCAUAUCUUCAAGCAGUAGUGAAAGAGACACUAAGACUCCACCCACCAGUGCCUCUUCUCUUGCCCUACAAAGCAGUGAACAAUGUAGAAAUACUUGGCUUUAACGUUCCCAAGAACUCUCGAGUCCUAGUCAAUGCAUGGGCACUAGGCAGAGACCCAAAGUACUGGAACGACGAUCCACUGUUGUUUUGUCCAGAGAGGUUUUUGGGUUCCAAUGAUUUGGACUUCAAAGGGAGAGACUUUGAGUAUAUACCAUUUGGUGCUGGUAGAAGAAUUUGUCCAGGAUUGCCUCUUGCGACUCGUAUGGUUCAUUUGAUUCUGGGUUCGAUUGUUCAUGAGUUUGAUUGGAAGCUGCCUGAGGAUGUUGUCUCCCCUAUGGAGCUUAACAUGGAAGAGAUGUUUGGUGCUACUCUUAAGAAAGCUGUGCCACUUUGUGCUAUCCCCAUCCAAGCCAAUAACAAUUGAAAAGCAAUGGUGUGUGCAAAUUAUUAUGGAAGGUAAUCACAUUUACUAAGUAAAUAUUAGUCGUAUAAGAUAAUGAUUUAGGGUUGUCAAGUGGUUUGAGGAUCAAAGUGAAAUUGCUCUUGAUUUUUAUUUACAGUUUUAUGUAUUUCGAAAAUGAUAAAGAUCCCUAUUAGUUUUAUAGUUAUCUCGGUAGUUGAGUUGGA